AUGCCCCAACCAGCACCCAACACGCCUAAAAACGGGUCACGAGACCUCCCGCCUACCCCUUCCCCACCUCGCGCACGUACACACAAGAAGGGACAGACACGGUUCGAGAAGGAGACGGCGGCGACUGGAGGGAAGAGCGCGGCGGAUCACCCAGGGGAUCCCAAGAUCAUCGGGCCAUGGAGGAUAGGCAAGACCAUCGGGAAGGGGGCUAGUGGCCGAGUCAAGAUCGCCAAACACAACCGCAAUGGCCAAUUCGCAGCUGUUAAGAUCAUCCCCAAGCACGCUCUCCUUAUGGCCUCCCGCAACAGCAUCAAGGACGCCGCGGGCAAGCAGGAGAAGGCCAUCCUCGGUAUCGAGCGCGAGAUCGUCAUCAUGAAGCUGGUCGACCAUCCGAACGUCAUGUGCUUGUACGAUGUAUGGGAAACGUCCAAGGAGCUAUACCUCGUGCUCGAAUACGUCGAAGGCGGGGAGCUGUUCGACUAUCUCGUUUCGCAAGGUCGGCUGCACGCGGACGAAGCCUCGCGCUACUUUCAGCAAAUCAUCGCCGGCGUCGAUUACUGCCACCGCUUCAACAUCUGCCACCGGGAUCUCAAACCCGAAAAUCUCCUCCUCGACUCGGAAGGCAACAUCAAGAUUGCCGAUUUCGGUAUGGCAGCUCUCGAGCCGAGCGGGCGGCUGCUGGAGACGAGCUGUGGAAGUCCGCACUAUGCCAGUCCCGAGAUCGUCAUGGGCGUAAGCUACCACGGUGCAGCUUCGGAUAUCUGGUCGUGCGGUGUCAUCCUCUUCGCCCUCCUCACUGGCCGCCUUCCCUUUGACGACGAAAACAUCCGCGUCCUCCUGCAAAAGGUCAAGAACGGCCGCUUCUCCAUCCCAUCCGACCUUCCUCCAGACGCAAGGGAUCUCAUCGCUCGCAUGCUUGUGGUCGACCCCACCAAGCGUAUCACUAUGCCCGAGAUCAUGAUUCACCCCUUCUUCCAGCGACGCCAAUCUACCGAUUCUGGCCGCAUCGUCCGCACGGUCGACACGCCCAAGCUCGAGGAGGUCGCUCGCCCGGUGAAGUCCGAGUCGGAGAUCGACAAGGACAUCCUCCGGAACCUGCGGACGCUUUGGAGCGGGUGCUCCGAGGAGAAGAUGAUCCGCGCUCUUCUCACGCAUGAGAAGAACAUGGAGAAGGCCUUCUACUUCCUCCUCCUCCAAUACCGCAACAAGAACCUCGAAAACUACAACGCCGAGGCCGAAUCCCCCCAGAAGAAGCGCAUCAAGGAGCACUCGUCCAGCCGAGGCGAGCGCCGGGUCCACUCUCGCCGUGGUUCCGUCUCUGCCGUGGUACCCACCCACGUCAAGAAGCCUCACCGGGAGCAUCGCGAGAAGGACAAGGAGAAUAUCACGCCCAAGACGGCCAGUCGUCCUGCGCCUCCCGCUCCUGGUAAGUCACCCAUGACUCCCUCCAGGCGGAACGUCAUUGGUCCUCGUCCUCCAAGCCGCGGUGCCUCCCCGGCUGCCUCUCCCCAUCCUGACGCUCCCACCAAGUCGACCAUCCGGCUCGUGCAGCAACGCGAGGUCACCGAGGCCGACUCUCCCCGUACACCCGCACAGCCCGUCGUCCAGCCUGCCAAUCCCAUGUCCCCCACCCCGGCGACGUACGCUGUCAACCCUCGUCUGCCCAAAAUCCUCGUCCAGGUCCCUACGCCGCAGAACGAUACACCUCUCGCUGCAGGUCUCGGUCUCAACAUGCCCGUCCAGCCAUCUCAGCCUUCCACCCCUUCGCCUGCUCCCGCUGCCGAGCGCGCCGCUGCCACUGGCAUGACCGGCUCCCCACCUAUCGGCUCCAUCUCGGUCCCCAAGGUCCAGGACGCGGCGCUCCAGAAGUUCUUCCACGACAUUGCCGAGCAGCUACAGCUCAUCGGGUCCGCUAUGGUACCUGAUCAGCUUCUCUCGCCCACUGGCUCCCCAUACCUCGGCACUCCGCAUCUCACGUCCAUACCUGGUUCCCCUCUCAUUGUCGGUCCGAGCCAUGACGCCAAACACAGCUGGUUCUCCAAUCUCUUCAGCUGGAAGCCUGCGACAUUCACGCUCAUCUCGGCUGAUGAUUGCGCCUCGUCCCGUGCGGAGUGCGUCAAGCUGCUCGAGAGCUUUGGGGCCAGCGUCGUCGUCGAGGAUGCGGACGGCUGGGGUAUUCUCAAGUGCCGCGUUGACGAGAUAAGAGAUAUCUCAGGUAUCAUUGUCUCCAAGCAAGUCCGCUUCCGCAUCGAGUUCCUCCCCCAUAGCACAUGGACGACCGCCGCCCCCCGCUCUCCCCGUAUCGAGCGCCAAGGCUCCUACACCGGUUCCUCCUCCGGCUCCGCCAGCGCAAGUACCACCGCACCCCCCUCCCCCCGCUCCACACUCAACACCGGCCGCAACCGCGACAGCCACCAACAAAUCACAACGAGCAUGACGAUGGUGCAGGAGAAGGGCGCCCUUUCUGCCUUCCGGGCGGUUUACGGCCGACUGCGCGCGGAAUGGCGGUUGGAUAGCUUGAAGAGUCCGGCGAUGGGCGGUGCGGGGAGUAGGUUUGCGAGUCCUAUGCCGAGCCCGAUCAUGGGUCAGGAGGCGCAGAUGGUGUGGACGUGA